CUCGGAGUCGCAAGUGAAGGCAGCGUUGUAAGAGCGGGCGGUAGCUGGUCUGCGCUGCAGAGCCAGAGCAGUAACUACGGCCAGGUACGCUAGCGUUCUGCCUCAGUAAACACGCAGCUAGGGCGGCCUUUCAGAGUGUAGAAUCUAAAUAGCGAAAUUUUAGCAAACUAGCACUGACCCACAGCUAUGGAGACUGAGGCUGACAAGGUGGAGCCUGUGGACAGUGAACCAGACGAGGAAGAAGAUGUAUACGAAGUGGAGAGGAUCAUUGAUAUGCGGGUGGAAGAGGGUGAAGUGCUCUACAGAGUCCGCUGGAAGAAUUACUGCUCUGAUGAUGACACUUGGGAGCCAGAGGCCCAUUUAGAGGACUGUCGCGAGGUCCUCUUAGCUUUUAAGAAGUCCAUGGCUGAUGCUAAGGCCAAGAAAGAAGCAGAGGCCAAGAAGAGCGUGAAACUGUUGCCUACAAAGAGUGACGUGUUUGAUGCCGACUCGGAGAGUGACGGUGACAAAGACCAUCCAACUGAGGCACCCUUAAAGAAGAAGAAAAAAACAAAGAUCCGGGAAGAGGAACCACCUCCAAAGGAGAAAAAGAAGAAAAAGAAAGACAAACGGAAGGAGGAUUUCAGGCCUCUACCAGCACCAGAGACAGAUGAAGAAGAAGAGGAAGAAGAAGAGAGACCCCCAACUCCAGCCUCUUCUCCCAAGGAGAAAAAGACUGAAUCAAAAAAACGGGUGGUUGACACUGAUGAGGAAGAAGAUGAACCUGUUCCCUCCAAAAAACACAAGAAGGAAAAGGGAAAGGAGGGAGGAAAGCAUAGGAAAGAAAAGGGAGAGGAGGGCAAGAAAAAGAAAGGGAAGAAGGAAAGGAAAAUUGAAACUUCUGAAGACGAGGCCGCUGCACCUCUGGAAGAUGACCUGAGUGAUGGCCCAUCAGAGUCCCAGGUGGAUGGCAUAGUAUUAACGGAUGCUGCAGCAAAUUUAGUCGACAAGGCACAGUUGGAUGACAAGUUUAAAAAGAAGGGGAAGUGGGAAGUAAAGCUACAGGGCAUUAAGGACCUCAUCCAUGACAAAAAGAACAGAAAGCUAGACACUACCCCAAAAGAAAGCAAUCUCCAAAAACUAAAGAGCCUCACCUCCAAAGGCAAGGACGAGGCUGCCCCACACUCAGACUCAAGUGAUAGCUCCACACUACAUAAAAAAGCCAAGAGCAAAGGGCAGGAGAGCACAUCAACACCAUCCAAAGUCCCGUCUUCCUCCGCAUCUUCAUCGUCUUCAUCCUCUGUUGCAACAGCUACCAGCACAAAGGGCAAGGAGGAUGAGGUAGGAAAAGAGGAGGUGCUGGGACAGAAGGACGCCACUGGCUCCACUAACCUGUUUGAGAAGUUCCUGUUAAAAUGCGAGGCCAAGGAUCGCGCCCCUCGCAGGCAGCCAGUACAUCAGCUCACAUCAGAAAAGAACAGCAGCAAGCCUCCAAAGCUAGUUGGAAAGAUUGAGAAGAUCCCCAAGUCAAGCAAAGAUUCUCCAACUCAGAAACCAGAGCCCAAGAAGACAGAGAAGAUCAAGCAAUCAGAUGUCUCCAAGCCUGGCCAGAGUUACGGCUUCAGCCUGGACAGUGAUGAGAGGGAGGGAGAGGAGCCUACGGCAAAGCAGAAGCCUGGUGAGGAACUGCGGGACCGAAAGGAGAGGCCAGAGGAGACACAGCGGCCCAGCUGGGAGAGGAGAACCCCGACAGAAGACAGAAGGAAGAGGAGAGAGGACAGUGAGCCCAGACUCUUCAUUGCAUGUGAUGACAAUCAGGACACCCAGGAAACAACAGAGGGCGCUGACAAAUCUGACAAGGGCCAAGCCACGUUAAGUCUAGGAAUGGACCUCAACCUGGACUGGAUGACUCUAGAAGACUUUCAGAAACAUCUUAAUGGGGAGGAUGAGAUCCUGUCAGGUCCACCGUUAUCACCCAGUGAGUUGCGGGACGCGGUGAAAAGUGGAGAUUAUAUGGCUGUAAAACUGGCACUUAAUUCCAAAGAGGACUACAAUCUGGACCAAGAGGCUUGUACUAUUGAUGAGGCGAAGUCAUUUGAAGGAGAGAGAAGCUUGAUUGAAGAGAGAAGUUCAAGUGCUCUUAGAUUGACAUCUAACCUUGGCAGUGCACAAAAUGAAGAGAGUACUCCAAGAGUACAAGAGAUUGUCCCACAAGAUUUGGAUGGUCCAAAAGAUGGUGAAAAAAUGCCAAGGUGCCCUGCAAGUACAAGCACUGAGCAAGUGACAAUGAGGGAACAUGAAAAGAUUCAGAGGGAUAUAACUGAAUCCAAAAACACUGCUUGUGAUCCAUCUACCAAGCAGGAAAGUCAAGGAAAACAAGACCAGAAGCAAGCGCUGGAAGGCAAUGUCAAUGACAAUGAAGACAUGUCAGACAACACAAAAGGUGGUUUAUCAAGUAAAAUGAGUUUAAACUUUGAUAAUUCAGAUCCAGCCAAAAAUGUGGAAGGGAUGUUGACAAGGGCCGAUGACAAAACAGAACAAAAUGGCAUAGCUAGCAAACAGUGUUCCUCCGAGGAUGCAAAUGACUCAAGUAAUGAGGCAAAGAAUGUGGUGGCAGGUCCGUUGGAUACUAACCAUCAAGUUCUGUUUGACUCGGGAACAAAGGUGAUUGUUAAAACACGAUUACGGCACCUAAGGAAAACAGUGGAGAGGAAACAGCCAACACGAUCCAGUUUAAGGACCUGUAAGAAAGUGAUUGAAAUAAAACCUAGCACAAGGGACGAUGAGAAAAAAGAGUCAUGCAAAAAGCACUUCUGUUUAUAUUGCAAAAUGGCUUUUGCCCAACUUGCCAAGCAUUUGGAAAAGAAACAUGCAGAGGAAACAGAUGUUGCCCAUGCAAUACACUUUCCCAAAGGUUCUAAAGUCAGACAGAGUUUGCUUGACCAGAUUCGUAAUAAAGGAGAUUAUGAGCAUAACUGCCAAGUUCUCAAAAGUGGAGAGGGGGAAAUUGUCACCAAGAAGCAGGUGAGAAAUCCCAUAUCUGUUCGUGACUUCCUGCCUUGUCAGCACUGCUUCGCUUUUUAUCGCAAAACUGAUUUAUGGAGACAUGAGCGAUCAUGUAAGGUCAGAAAGGGAGACCAAAAAUCCUCUGAAAGGACAAAAACAAUUGAAGUUCACAGUGCUGCCUCCUGGAUGGCUCCUAUGUCAGAGUUCUUAACCGAAGGCUGCGAGGAAAUCAUCCGCAUCAUGCAUCAAGAUGACAUCUCAAAGCACAUUAGGAAUGACCCACUUAUUUGUAAAUAUGGCAAUGCAUUGUCUGCUAAGUAUGACCAUGACAAGUCUCAGUUUGCUUAUAUUGCACAAAAGAUGAGAGAACUGGGUAGGUUUGUGCUGGCUGUAAAUGAGGUUGACAAGAACGUGAAGUACUUGCAUGAAGUAUGUCUGCCAUCCAGAUUUGAUUUAGCUGUUGAAGGUGCCAAAAAGGUUAGUGGUUUUGAUCCCUGUUCCAGCAAGUUUAAAACUGUCUCCCUUGUGUCAAAGAUUGGCUACUCCUUGAAACGAGCUGCAGAAAUAGCUUUUGGGGAAAGUCGAAUGACAGAGGACAGUGAAACUGAAAGUGAAGUGAAAAAGUUCAUACAGCUUCUUGAUACAAAAUGGAGCGAGUGUUUUUCUCGCAAAACUCUUGCAUUAUCUCUAAAGCAAGAAGUCAAGAAAGUUGAAGUAGACAAAUCAACUGUGACAGAGGAUUUAAUCAAACUCCACAGGUUCAUUACAGGUGAAGAAGAUGAAGCCAGGAAGGAGCUAAAAGAAAGCCCUAGCUUGUCAACAUGGAAAAAGCUCAGCGAGGCCACUCUCGCAGAUGUGUGUCUGUUUAACCGAGGGAGAGUAGGAAAUAUUGGUAGAAUGCUCUUGCAGACCUAUGUUCACAAAAAGAGUAAGGGAACGUUUAUACCGUCUGCAGAUCAAAUAAGGAAAAGCACAAAAUUGGAGCUGGACCUUGGUACCAAUUUCACCAGGUUGGAACUAGAAGGUCAAUAUGGAAGGAACAUGCUGGUUCUGCUAACAGAAAGGAUGGUUUUAUCAGUGGACCUGCUCAUUGAAAAUAGAGAACAAGCAGGUGUGUCAAAAAAUAACCCAUACCUGUUUGCAAGGACUGAAGGUCCAUCCUUCAUUAGAGGAUUGGACUGUUUCCGAAGGGCUGCUAUGGAAUGUGGAGUUAAAAACCCAGAUGCACUUUUGUCUUCCUCAUUAAGAGAGCAAAUUGCGAGCUGCUGGCAGCUAAUGAGCCUCAGUGAACAGGAGUUGGAUCAAGUGGCCAAACUGGUGGGAAGGAGCAGCCAGGACUGUUACAGGCUCUCAAAAAAUGCAUCAGAGCUGGAAGAAGUUAGCAAACAACUUCUCAAGAUGGAUCGAACACUGCCAUCAAGUCCAUCCAGCACUGCUAGAGAUGGAGUUGCACAGAAGCCUGCUUUGAAGAGAAGACCUUGGAGUGAGAAGGAGCAAGCUGCAGUGAAGCGUUACUUGCAUGAGUUUAUCACAAUGAUGAAGGUUCCAGGCAAAAAAGAAUGCAAUGCUUGCAUAGCUGCUGAACCAGACCUUGGUGGAAGAUCUUGGACAGAUGUCAAGAACUAUGUACACAACACACUACAGACAAUACGGAGGAGAAAUAACCAGCAACACUCUGACGGAAAUGUCGGUGAGAGUCCAAAAACUGAAAUCCAUACCACAAAGAAAGAUUUGGAAGACCCAAGCUUUGUUUGUAGUAUGACAACAGUACAUCCGGAUCACCUGACAGAAAGUUCAAAUUGCUGUAUGACGAUGGUACCGCCAACCAGCUUGAGAGAAUCGUCAACACCAUUCCCCCAAGACAUGACUGCGACUUAUGCAACCUUGUGUUCUGCUAGUACAAAUAUGGUGCAUAGUCAGCCAUUGAUUUCUACUUUCACACCAUUGAAUGCCACUGAUACUCAAGUGGUUCCUACAUUUACUCCACACAACACUACAAAUGCACUAAUGCCUCCUUCAUACACAUCAGAGAACAACAUAAUUAUGCCAAUGUCACCUCUUUAUACACAGAAUACCACAAGUAUGCCACCCCCAUCUGUGUAUACACCACAGGACACUACAACUUCACCAAUGAUUCCUAAUUUUAGCACCCUUAAUGUACCAAGCACCUCGUUGGUGCCUACAUUCACACCAUUGAAUACUCCAAGUUCACCAGUGGUCCCUGCAUUCUCUACACUAAAUAACAGAAGUAGGCCUAUUGUCUCUUCAUUCACACCCCUAAACCAUUCAGGUACACCACCUUACUCCACAAACCCACCUAGGUCCUCCACAACUGCCCAGGUUGUCCCAACAAUUCACAGACCCAGUGUUCCUGACAGAACUUUAGUGGUACAGGGAAGUACACCUACGUCUGCUGCAGUCCCUCCAGCUGCCAAGCCUCAAAAGAGAAUCAAGAGAUUGUGGAGUGAGGAGGAACAGGCAGCAGUGAGACGACAGUUUGGAGACCUCUGUAAACUGGUAAAAGUGCCAGGAAAAAAGGAUUGUGAUGCAUGUUUAGCUGCUGAACCUGCUUUGAACAGCAGAACAUGGCGGGAAGUCAAGUAUUUUGUACAUAACUCGAUUCAGUCAAUGAAAAGAAGAGGACAUCCAGUUGCCUCCAAACAAAUCGGAGGACCAGAACCAGAGACUCAUAAUGCAAACACAGAGUGGGAUGGUCCUGUUUAUUUGUCCUUGUAAAUAUUUGUAAAGGGCUUGCGAUAAAACGGUAAGAGAUCUAUGAGAUUUCAGAUGUGUGUGAGGGCUGUGACUUCAACCUCAAAAUAUAAGGGACUUAAGAAUUCAGCAGACAUGAAUUGUACUGUCAGUGAACCUUGGUCUCACUAGCAGUGUCAAUCUUGACAAAGAUUACAAACUGCCCUGCCUUUCUUUUCCUCACACUUUAUUAAAAGGUAUUUAGAAUAUUUAGAAUAAAGUCACCAGAUCAAGCUAUUGGUGCGCUAUUGCAUGAAUAUACACGAAAGAGGUGGAACUAGGGAUGUUAGAACUGCUCAGAAAAAGCAGAUAUUAAUGUUUAUUAUGUUUAGAUUUGCAUAUACUUAUAUCAACAGUCAAAUACAAAAUACUGUCAAUUUGUCCAAUCAUCACAGGUUAUCUCUAGAAAUGUUCAUGUUUUAGAUGUGUGAUCGUUUGGUAAAUGUGAACCUCAUUUUACCAGGAUUUGAAAGUUGCCACAAAACAUUGUCAGUGGCAGUGAGCCGGUCUGGGAUCCAAACACAGUUUCACAAUUUCAAACACAACAUUUGUGAAGAUGAUGAAAACGAUCACUGACUUAGUGGGAAUCUCCAAGACUGACUGGGGAAAUAUCCCACCUUGCUCUGGGCAAAGGUAACCUCAGUGAUGGUACAUUUCUAGAGGGAUUUUUACUUAUUUACUUGAAAACUUAUCCUUCUGUCUGUAUGGUUUUCAGUAGCAUUUUUAUGAAUUUUGAUGAUCAAAAAAGAAAUAGAAAACCAGCAAAUCUUUGCAGCCAGUCGCUCCUACCUGUAUGUUGACUUGCUUUAUAUGAUUCCCAAACACCUGGUCCAAAUGUAUUAUAUUCUUGCUUUAGCAAGUAGCGUGUAUUGUAGAUGGUCCCUGAUAGCCUAUGGCAGUAAUGGCAUACCCUCCUUGCUGAUGUUCUAGACUUAGAAGCCCUGUGUGGAUACCUCUCACUAAAAUAUUGAAACAUUUUUUUUCCUUCAGGACCCUGUUGAUAAAUGUUCAUUAUGCUCAUGUUUUUUUUAACAAGCUGCUGAAAAGUUUAGUUGUAUUUUUGUAUCACCAUACAGAAACUUUAGUACUCUAUUGUAUCUGAUGUAUUCUAAUUUGAGGUAAAAUACACUGCAUUGGUCUCAUUAUCUGGAUGUUUCUGACAUUCAUAUCCAGUUGCCAAGAUCAGAUUAUUGCCUUAUUAUUUUUGCUUUAUUGCAUUUUUCCCCCAUACAUAUGUUUACAUCGUACACGUAGCCUAGUAACGAUGAUCCUCAUAAAUUUUGUGAGCUGCCAACUUUCUACAAGCAGUUUAGUAUUUUUUGUUGUUGUUUUAUUUAAGAGUUAUACAGACAAGUACAUGACAAGUUUAAAAAACAGAAAACAAGCUCAAAAAUGGAAAUGACAAGCAUAAAAUCUUGUGGAGUGGAUGCUAAUAAAUUUCAGAUAUUUUCUAGCAUUAUCAUGUUUAACUGCAGUUUAGUAAUGACUAAAAAUUACACAUUUCAUUUUUAGGCUUUAUGUCUGCUUUGUACAUUUCAUUGUAAAAUUAAAGUAAACCUAAAGUUUGUUGGAGAACCUACCAAUAGUAGGCUGCUGGCCACAGACUUUGUAGCCCAGGCUAUACAGGGUUGUCACAUUUUAGUCUCAAAAAUUGGUAACCACUGUGUUUAUUUUGGAUUGGAUAUUCUGCAGAGAGUUGGGACCAUCUCUUGUUUGGUAGGUUGAUACAGUCAUUUUCCCAAUUUUCUUUGUGAUCAAAAAGAGCAGGAGUUUUGGUUAAGAGUUCCAGACUGCACUGUUUAUAUAUGUCAUGAACUAAUGUUUUUGUGUUGUCUUCACUUGCAGCUAUAAUCAACCUGUGUAGAGUAAAGAGAGUUCACCCAUUCAUACCAAAGCACUUUGUAUGAGGCAUGCAUAAAAUCAUGAUCGUGAGCAGGGAUGCAGACCCGGGUCAGAUUACCCAUGUUGACACCCACAGCAAGCAGGUUUUCCCCAGUGCUGUCUCUUCCUUGUGAAAGGGGUAUAUCUGUGUUGCAUUAUGUACAGUAGUUAGGGGUAACACCCCAGAUAUAGUAGUGCACAUGAAUCUGUUUGAGGUCUAAUGAUAAAUGAUCGUUGAGACACUACCAUUUCUGUUUGAUGUUGCAGUGCAAAACAUUUUUUCCUGUAUAGUAAGUAUCUUCCUUUCACUGUUGUAUUAGCACAACGUACGUGUUACUCUUCAUCCUGGUGCAAUCAUGAUGCCUUCAGUUAAUGCUACUUAUCAAGUAUUGUAAGGACUUCUGCUUGUACAAUAAAAAGCUUCUUGGCUUCAAAAACG